AUGUUGUAAAGUCAGCACAAUAUUACUAACACGGCGUACGGCGUUUCGAAUCAUGAAGUCGGGAGUUGUUAUCUUUCUUCUUCUCUCCGUAGUAUACGGUUCAGAAGUGAGCCUCAAGGAGACAACUAAGGAUCAAAGUACCCAAAUUAAUGUAACAGAGACGGAUAGAGCUAACAGUGAGACUGUUAGCAUCGACUUUGAGCAAACUAAGGUUGACCGUGAUCAGAAUGGCGGCGUUAAAGAUGCUAGAAUUCUAAGAGUAAACAUCCGAGUCAGUGUUGUGGAUGGUGUAGUUCACGUGAACAAUGCUAAAGCCAUUCAUAAGGCAGUCACAACUUUCCACUUCUAUGCAGAAAUUGAUGAAAUUGGCAAGAACCGUGAGGUACUUCAGCACAUGCCAAGGGUCCUUAUUGUGAUCAGGGUGUUGGUCAAUGAAUCAGAACAGAUAAAUGAGCAGGGAGUUUUCAAAAUGCUGCGUGUGCAGGAGGAAAUUGUUGAGGUAGACAAGCAAGCGUUGACACAAAUCAAAGUGACACAGCUUGUGUUGAAACUAGAUUCUGCCAACAAUGAAUUGAUUGGCAAGCGUGUGGUCACAACAAUUGAGCUGAAAGAUUCUGAUUUACACAAGAUACCCCGCGAUAAAGACAAUCAUAGAUACCCUGAUGGCCACUUGCCUGACCACCCAUACAGUGACAAGUCAAACCCAAAACCCAAGCCAGCUCAGCUUCCAAACCAUCCUUUGCAAGCUGACUCGUCAAAGCAUGGACUCUGCGCAAAGUUCCACAAGCUGCCAUUUGCUGCCCGCUUGGCUGUCUUUGCAGUGGUGGCUAUUAUUGGCAUUGGUACCUUCACCUGCUGUUUGUGGGUGUUCUGCUGCAAACCACCAGCCUCAGGCAAGAAAAUCAACCUCAAAGACUAUGAGGACAAGUUUUCAUAUGAUGGGGAGUUUGAAGCUCCAGCUUUGGAACAUAAGGUUCCCAUUGAGAAGCAGAAGCUGGUCAUUGAUGCAUGAAAACGCCCAUUUUAAAAUAUGCACUUGUAAUUGUUAAAACUUGUACUAGUUAUCUUUUAUCUUCUUUGUAAUGGUGAGUUGCUCUAUUUGUCUGACAAAGUUGGGUUGUUACAUAUCAAGCAUGAUGAAUUGUAGUGAAAUUGUAUGUGUACUGGUAUUUAGUAUGAGGUAACAAAGGGGGGAAGGUCAAAAAGGUUGAGUGUGAUCAGGACCACAGUGAGCUCUGAUAGGUGAAGGUUUUCCUUUGAGUUUGUUCGGCCUAGAGCUUCAAGUAGCUUUUUUUGCUUUCCAACUUAAAAUCUUAAAGCUGUGUUUUCCAUUGUGAACUCAAGGCUGAUAUUUCUGAAUACAAUUAUUAUGUUAUUGAUAAGUACAUGAUAAAUACAGGAACAAUCAUCUAAGUAAAAUAUCACCCUCUAGAAAGUUAUGGUCAAAAUAUCUUUGUGUACCAUCCACUCUGUCAGACAAUCAGGAAUUGCACCAGUAUUUGUGACUUGCGUUAUUUUAGGGUUGCAUUUUAAGGUCAGUAUAAAGGAGAGGAUAAGACUAUAACUUGAUCCACCAAUUCUACAAGCCAAUUUAAACAAAUUGUGUGGUAAAAUACAGCUAUCAAAAAAUAAUGAUCCUGAACCUACAAGCAGUCUCUGGCACCCCUAUUUCCAUUCCAGAAAAAUUCAUGGAGAGCAAAAUUUUGCAACCUUUGUGACAAUGAUGACAAAGUUUUGGUCACUGUCACUGAAUUUGUUAAAGUUCACAGAGAGACCACUGUUGCUUGAAAGUGGUGGCAGGUACUAGAUUCUGUACCCUGUUCUCAUUGUACUGACCUUAUUUUGCAUGUUAGUUUAGCUAAAGUAGGAUGCCUUUUUUUGUAUUUUGAUAGAUUGCAAAGCAAUGUUUUAUGAAGUGUUGUCUUUUAGUGUCCCAUAUCUAGUCUUCAUUUUUAAUGAAACAGACUAUUUGAGAUAUUUAGAUAUUUGAAUUUUUUUGUUUGAAUAAUGACCAGUUUACUUGCUAUUGCAUUUUACAUGUACAUCUGUAAGUGGUAAAAACAGUUAAGCAAUAAAUAACUUUUGUUUGUAUAUAUAGAAGUAAACAUUGUUCUGAAAUAAAUGUGCAUGACAUGCUGUGGAAAGGUGGGUUUGAGUCUGUCUCCAUUAAAAAGUUUUACAGCCACAA